AUGGCGCUUCGUCAGUUCAAGGCGCCAGUAGCGUAUGAAGCGCAGCAGACUGCAUUGGAAUCCUUCCUCCAAGACUUCAAGGCGUCACCUGAGCAAACGAUUUCGCAUGCGCUUGGAAACAUUACGAUAGACGAAGAUGACUUCAGCGAUGACGAGCUAAUGGAGGAUGACGAGACUCGCGAGACCCGUCGCCAGGCCAAGAGUGCGCCGGGGCCCAAAUACAAGGUCAUGAUGCAACAGCUGGCAGACCGCAAGAUCGACGAGGUUAUGAUUGAUUUGGACGACUUAGCGAGUUUUGAAGCAUCACUUGGCGACGAGCUGCAACUGGUCCAGUCCAUUGAGAUAAACACCAAGCACUACGUCGAAAUCAUGUCAAGAGCAGUGGACAAACUCAUGCCUAAGCCCAGCGUUGAUACCAACUUCAAGGAUGAUGUUUUGGACGUUCUCAUGGAACGAAGAACUAGACGGAACGAGGCUCUGCAAAGAGCCGCUACGGAGCCGGUCGACGGUCAGCUUCCCGACCCGACGGCAGCCGAGGAUAAGUUCCCUGCGGAGCUCACUCGCAGAUAUACCCUUGCCUUCAAGCCGCGAUCCGAGACGCCCACUCAUCCUAUCAAGGCUCUUGCUGUGAGAGAGGUCAAGGGCGAGCACCUCGGCCACCUGAUCACCAUCCGCGCCAUCGCCACGCGUGUCUCAGACGUCAAGCCCAUCGUCCAAGUCAGCGCAUACACCUGCGACCGAUGCGGUUGCGAAAUCUUCCAGCCGGUCAACGACAAGUCAUAUGGCCCCCUAACCAUGUGCCCCUCCGAAGACUGCAAGAAGAACCAGGCCAAGGGUCAACUUCACCCCUCUUCGAGAGCUUCCAAGUUUCUGCCCUUCCAGGAGGUCAAGGUCCAGGAACUCGCCGAGCAGGUUCCCAUCGGUCAGAUCCCCCGCACACUGACCAUCUUGUGCUACGGCACCUCCGUCCGCAAGGUCAACCCUGGCGACGUUGUCGACGUUUCCGGCAUUUUCCUCCCCACACCUUACACAGGCUUCAAGGCGAUGAAGGCCGGCCUUUUGACCGACACCUACCUGGAGGCACACUACAUUGUCCAGCACAAGAAGGCUUACUCUGAGAUGAUCGUUGAUCCCGCCCUGACAGUCCGGCCAGGUGUACGAACUGCUCGCCAAGUCCAUUGCCCUGAAAUUUUCGGCCACCUUGAUGUCAAGAAGGCCCUGCUCCUUCUGCUUAUUGGCGGUGUGACAAAGGAGGUCAAGGACGGCAUGAAGAUUCGUGGUGACAUCAACAUCUGCCUCAUGGGUGACCCCGGUGUGGCCAAGUCUCAACUCCUCAAGUACAUCUCCAAGGUCGCUCCUCGCGGCGUCUACACUUCCGGUCGCGGUUCCAGUGGUGUCGGUCUCACCGCCGCCGUUAUGCGCGAUCCUGUUACCGACGAGAUGGUCCUUGAAGGUGGCGCCCUCGUCCUCGCUGACAACGGCAUCUGCUGUAUCGACGAGUUCGACAAGAUGGACGACAACGACCGUACUGCCAUCCACGAGGUCAUGGAGCAACAGACCAUCUCCAUCUCCAAGGCCGGCAUCUCCACGACCCUCAACGCCCGCACCUCCAUCCUUGCCGCCGCUAACCCCAUCUACGGCCGCUACAAUCCCCGCAUCUCCCCCGUCGAGAACAUCAACCUCCCCGCCGCCCUCCUCUCCCGUUUCGAUAUCUUGUUCCUGCUCCUCGAUACCCCAUCCCGCGAGUCCGACGCCCAGCUCGCCAAGCACGUCGCCUACGUACACAUGCACCAGCGUCACCCAGACAUCGGCACCGACUCGGUCGUCUUCUCCCCGCAUGAGGUCCGCUCCUACGUCGCCCAGGCUCGCACCUACCGCCCCGUCGUCCCUGCUGCUGUCUCCGAGUACAUCUCCAAGACGUACGUCCGCAUGCGUGGCCAGCAGAAGCGCGCCGAGAAGAAGGGCGAGCAGUUCACCCACACCACGCCGCGUACCCUCCUCGGCGUCGUCCGUCUCGCCCAGGCCCUCGCUCGCCUACGAUUCAGCAACGAGGUCACCCACGACGACGUUGACGAGGCCCUCCGCCUCAUCGAGGCCUCCAAGGAGAGUCUUGCCGCCGAGCAGAGCGCCAACGGCCGCCAGCGCCUCAAUGCCAGCAGCAGAAUCUACAAUCUUGUCAAGACCCUUGCCGACAGCGGCGCGUGCCGCGCCGAUGAUGCCGAGGACGACGACGAGCUCGGCGUCGAGCUCAGUCUGCGCAAGGUCAAGGAGCGUGUCAUUGCCAAGGGCUUCACCGAGGACCAGUGGCUUUCCGCCCUGGAGGAGUACAACGAGCUUGAUGUCUGGCAAACUGCUGGAAACGGCACGAGGUUGGUCUUCAUCACCUCCAACGGCGCAGAGAGGGACGAGUAG